AUGGAACUCACUCCAGCUACCCCUGAAAUCUAUCACCCUGGGCUACAGGCAGGAGAAGGCAAGACUGGUGAUGGAGCUAAGGGACUCCUCCGACAGGGCGGUGGCGGAUGCAAAGGCCAGAGUCGAGACUGGAAGGAAGUGGAGGGCAAAGGAGGAAGUCCAGAAGGCGAUGGGGAGACUGCAACAUCAAGAAGUCGUGGGCAUGGUCCAGACAGGCCGGGCAGGCCUUGGAUGGAGUAAACCACCCAUCCUAUGGUCCAAGGCAGAAAAUGAAUCUGGAGGAGGCGUGGUGAGCUUUUCCUCUCCAAGUGAAAGCCAGCAGGUCACGGUGGAAGCAGAGGUCUGGAAAAAGAGUCUCAACCAAACCAUCGCAGUGCCUGUGGAUCCUGCAUUAACGGAGCUUUUCAGUGUGUAUGGAUGCCCUGUGGCCAAGAAGAGAAAGAGUCUAGACAGGCAAACCCUGGAGACCUCCCCCAAGAGGAGCACCUACCUCAAUGACAUGGACAACUCUACAAUGGAGGAGUGCUACGAAACGGACGGAACAGAGGAGAUGGACGACAGGGAGGAGGAGGGAGGGGAUGGAACGCUAGAGGAAGAGGAGGAGGAGGAUGAGGUGGAGGAGGUAGAAAGCUAUAUGGAUUACAACGAGGAGCAAAUGGAGCAUGAGGAAGGAGAGCUGGAGAAAGAGGGGGAAGAGGAGGAGGUAGAGGUGGAGGAAGAGGAGAGGGUAGAGGAUGACGAAGAGGAGGAGGCUGUGGCGGAUGUGGACUACGAAGAGGAAGAGGAAGGCGAGCAUGGGCCAGAUGAGGACCUGAUGAGCGGUGGUGAAGGCAUGGAGUGCAACGCUGGAAGUGGCAUCGUCAAAUCGGGUCCCACCGGAGAGAAGGACGACAACAACAAUGACGAGUACGAGAACUACGACGAGCUUGUGGCCAAGUCUCUUCUCAACCUGGGCAAGAUUGCAGAAGACGCCGCCAACCGGGCCAUCACAGAGUCGGAAAUGAACAGCAACUCUUCUCACAGUGCUGAAGAGGAGGAAGAAGAGGAGGAUGAAGAUGAGGAAGAAGAGGAGGACGAUGAGGAUGAAGAGGAAGAAGAAGAAGAUGAGGAGGAAGAUGAGGAAGAGGAGGAAGAGGGAAGCAAAACGCUACCGGGUGAUCUAAGUUUGGACGUUCAUAGCGAUGUGGUUAGGGAGACAGUAGAUUCGCUCAAACUCUUGGCUCAAGGGCACGGUGCUGUGUUGUCGGACAAUUUAGACGGACAGGAUUAUGAGGGUGGCAUGGCGGAUAACAGAGACAGGAAUGACUGUUCCCACAUGGGUGGUAACGGACAGGGAAAGACCACCAGUCACGGACAAUUAGAAAACAGUGACGAGGAAGUUUGUCUAAGCAGUUUGGAGUGCUUACGGAAUCAAUGCUUCGACCUUGCACGGAAACUUAGUGAAACAAAGCCCGCAGACCGCAAUGGAUCGUUCCAGCAGAAUCAUUACCAAUGCGGGGACCCUAACCAACAACCCCAACAUCACGGCUAUGGAGAGUUCCAGCUUGGCCAUGACGACGGGCGAGCAUUUGACAGGAACUAUUCGGACAUGGACAAUCUCUUGAAGCUAGAGGAGCAGCUGAGCCCGCGAUCCAAGGCUUUCUCCAGUUGCGCGCAGGGAGAUCGGUUUCACCACCGGGACUUCGACGAGGACACAGCCUCGGUGACGUCGGACAGGUCUGAGGAAGUGUUUGACAUGACAAAGGGUAACCUGUCCUUGUUGGAAAAGGCCAUCGCGCUAGAGUCCCAGCGUGCAAAGGCAAUGCGGGAUAAAAUGGAGGCAGAGGCAGCCAGGAGAGACGGGGUGAGGUAUAACCAUGACAACCACGGCCCACGGCACGCCUACGGUGUUGAACGUAAAGGACGACUCCCUGAUGGAAUGAAGAAGCUUUUCUAUCAUAAAGAUGCUUCCCGAGCAGACAAGAAGGAGAGUCGCUGUCCGACACCGGGCUGCGACGGCACGGGUCACGUGACAGGCUUGUACCCGCACCAUCGGAGCCUGUCGGGCUGUCCGCACAAGGACAGAGUGCCACCAGAAAUUGUGGCUAUGUAUGAGAACGUUCUUAAGUGUCCCACGCCUGGCUGCACCGGACGCGGCCAUGUCAAUAGCAACAGAAACUCCCACAGAAGUCUCUCAGGAUGUCCCAUUGCCGCAGCAGAGAAGCUGGCCAAAGCCCAGGAGAAACACCAAGGCUGUGACGGCUCUAAACCCAACCAGGCUUCUGACCGGGUCUUAAGGCCUAUGUGCUUUGUCAAACAACUGGACUAUCCUCAGUAUGGUCACAAGAACAAUGUCUCCACCAGCACGCCUCGAUCCAACCUGGCCAAGGAGCUGGAGAAGUACUCCAAGACCAGCUUCGACUACAGCGCCUUCGAGAACACCAACAACCACCAUGUGUACGGCAAACGGGCUAUCGCACCCAAAGUUCACGGGCAAAGGGAUUCCUCCCCUAAAGGAUUUGACGCCAAGCGUUACUGCAAGAACUCCAGCUCGGCCAGCAGCACCACCAGCACCUACGCUCCCAGCAGUAGCAGCAGCAGCCUGAGUUGUGGAGUUGGAGGAGGGGGUAUGGGAGGAGGUGGAGGCAGCAGUGCCAGUAGCACCUGCAGCAAGAGCAGCUUUGACUACAGCCACGACAUGGAAGCCGCACACAUGGCCGCCACAGCCAUCCUCAACUUGUCCACGCGCUGUCGAGAGAUGCCUCACGGAAUGGGAGGCAAGCCCCAGGAUCUGUGCUCGCAGAGUCCCGGCCUGGAUGUUGACGAGAACGGUACAUUGGACCUGAGUAUGAGCAAGCGUCUGUGCAGCGGCGCGGGGGACUCUGUGCUCACCCCUCUGGAGCCCAUGUCCCCCCAGAGGCAAGCGGCUCUGCUGGGCUCCCGCUGCUACGGCAUGGGGGACGCUGCCGACUGCUGGGACCUGCCAGUUGACUACACCAAGAUCAAACACAUAGAUGAUGACGACAAAGAGGAUGACCUGGACCCCUUCCAAGACCUGCUAGAAGACCGCUCUUACACCACAGAUGUUAACAUACCCAGUCCCAAGCCUAAAUUUGCUCAGUGCAAAGAGAGUAAGAAGGACCUGAUCACCCUCUCAGGUUGUCCAUUAGCUGAUAAAAGUAUUCGGAGUAUGCUGGCCAACAACGCGCAAGAGCUCAAGUGCCCGACACCAGGGUGCGAUGGUUCGGGACAUAUCACUGGCAACUACGCCUCUCACAGAAGUCUCUCAGGUUGUCCGCGUGCCAGGAAAAGCGGAAUAAAGAUCAUCCACAGUAAAGAGAACAAGGAGGACCAAGAGCCAAUCAGGUGUCCUGUUCCUGGUUGUGAUGGCCAAGGUCACGUGACAGGGAAGUACGCGUCACACAGAAGUGCAUCGGGAUGUCCAAUAGCAGCAAAGAGACAAAAAGAUGGCUACCUAAACGGCAUCCAGUUCACAUGGAAGUCCGGCAAGACGGAGGGGAUGUCAUGUCCCACGCCGGGCUGCGACGGCUCGGGUCACGUCAGCGGCAGCUUUCUGACACACCGGAGUCUGUCAGGCUGUCCGCGUGCCACUUCCGCCAUGAGGAAAGCGAGGCUCUCUGGAGUGGACAUGCUCACAAUAAAGCAGCAGCGCGGCAGCAACGGCUUGGAUCAUGAAGAAGAGCUCAAACAGCUGGAUGACGAAAUCAAAGAUUUAAAUGAAUCCAAUUCACAAGUGGAAGCGGACAUGAUCAAACUCAGAACGCAGAUCACAACCAUGGAGUCCAACUUGAAGUCCAUGGAGGAGGAAAACAAGGUGAUUGAACAGCAAAAUGACUCUCUCCUGCAUGAGCUGGCCAACCUCAGCCAGUCACUGGUUAACAGUUUAGCUAAUGCCCAGCUCCCCCAUAUGAAACCACUGGCACACAAAGAGCCUCUUCUUAGGACUAACAGCUGCUUACAGCUCCACCAGCAAGAGCCAAUCGAACAGAACUUUGAUGCCUAUGUGACCUCUCUAACGGACAUGUACAAUGUCCAGGACCAAUACCAUAGUCCAGAAAACAAAGCCUUGUUGGACAACAUCAAGCAGGCGGUCCAAGGGAUCCAAGUGUAACCAUUUUGGACAAAGGAGCUUCCUGUUCAUCCAUGCAAGAUGUGGGCGGCGUCUCAGAGUCCACAAGUGAAGGUUUCAUCUCCUUGAUGCAGAGCAGUUACUUAUAAUGUACAGUGUUAUAUAUUCGGAAUUCUUUAAGAAACCCAGAGGUAUUAUGCUUAGCGAGAGACAUUGAGACAACGCCUUUUCUUUUUGGGGUCUUGCUUCAAGGAAGGACAUACAAGCGUAAAGCAGCAAAAUAGUUUUUGAGGACAUUUUGUACGUUUUCAUAUGAGCUGACAUAGCGCCAUGUAAUGUUUCUAGCUGCUCACAUAUGCACAUUUUAGUGUAUAUUACUGAACAGCAAGCUGAUUCUAACUGAACAUGCGUUCUUUUUAUUGCUCGACCACAAAGCAUUUUAGAUGACAAAAACAAAAAGCUGAGCUCGACACGGACACAAAAACACGAGAAGAGGAACUAUAACAAUGUUUCACCUCAACGGGUGGUUUUAAAUUUUCUUUCUUUUCUUCUAUGUCUUGCUUGUAGAGGGCAAGAACUGGCUUGCAAAUUACUUUUAUUUUUUUGACAAUGCUUGAAAAAUGUUUGUGUUUUCUUUUUAAUCUACAAAAAAAUGUGUAGCUGAAAUGGGGGAAUUUUUCAUUGGUGCUGAAGAUGAGUUUGGAGAGGAAACUGACCGGACGUAUGGAUGAAUGUAUGUAUGAGCAGUUAUAUUGUAAACAUCAUUACACGGAAACCCGAUGGUGGAAAUCCCGUUAUUUAGGAGAGCAAAUUAAUUCCCAUGGGAACAAAUCAGUGCGGUGCAUGUAAGGUGGCAUGCACUUCAUCAAAAAAUAUCAAACUCAUUCUCAGACCAUUGAAUGCACAACUGGACUGUUCAGGUUGUCUUGAAAGAGGUUUGGCCUGUCAUCAGAGCAGGAUUCAUCAGGUCAUGUUUAAAGACUAGAUAGGACAGCUAUAGUUGAUGUCCUCUCUUAUCAAUUUCCCCUCUCAUCCAAGCAGACUUCACCAGUUCAUGCCCAAAGACUAGACAGGACAACUUAGACUACAAUCAAGCAAGUUUUAAUCAAUUCACGCUCAAAGACUAGACAGGACAGCUCAUACUAUAUCUUAUUUUGCUUAAGGACAAGAGGACAGCUCCGAAUACAGUAAUUUUGACUAACUGACGAAGCCUGGGAGGGAAAAUGAAUAAGAGGGGUGACUAGACAUGGUCGCUCUACUCCUCUCCAGACUAGAAAGACAACUCAGACUAAAGCCGAGCAGGUUUCAUCGGUCCAUGCUCAAAGAUUAACUUGGACAGCUCAGACUAAAGCAUAGCAGGUUUAAUCAAUUCAUGCUCAAAGACUAGAUGGGUUAUGAACUACAGCUUUCCUAUCUAGUUUCCUCUCUCAUCCAGUGGCCUUGUGGUUAGAGUGUCCGCCCUGAGAUCGGUAGGUCGUAAGUUCAAAACCCUGUCGAGUCAUACUAAAGACUAUAAAAAUGGGACCCAUUACCUCCCUGCUUGGCACUCAGCAUCACGGGUUGGAAUUGAGGGUCAAAUCACCAAAAUGAUUCCCGGGCGCGGCCACCGCUGCUGCUCACUGCUCCCCAUCCCCGGAUGGGUCAAAUGCAGAGGUUAAUUUCACCACACCUAGUGUGCGUGUGACUAUCAGUGGUACUUUAAUUUUAUCCAAGCCUGCUGAUUCUGUUCAUGCCAAAAGGCUAGACUGGACAGCUCAGACUACAGCCAAGCAGAUUCAAUCAAUUCAUGCUCAAUGACUAGAUAGGACAGCUCAUACUUGAGCUAUCCUAUCUAGUUCCCCCUCUCGUCCGGGCAGGCUUCCUCAGUUCAUGCCCAAAGACUAGAUAGGGCUGCUCCAUCUAGAGCUGAGCAAGAUUCAUCAAUUUAUGCUUGUAGACUAGAUAAGACAGCUCUGACUAGUGUUCUUUAGGCAUGAACUGAUGAAGCAUGCUCGGAUGAGAAGAAAAAUUAAUAAGAGUGGUGACUAGAUUUGGCAGCUUUAGUCUUCUCCAGACUAGAUAAAACAGCUUAGAUCAGUUUAUGCUCGCAGACUAGAUAGGAGAGCUCAGACUAGAGUUACAUGGGCAUGAACUGAUGAAGCCUGCUCUAAUGAGAGGGAACCUGGUAGUACAGCUCUAGUCUCUGCUGUCCUAUCUAGUUUCCCCUCUCAUCCAGACAUGCUUCAUCAGUUCAUGCUUAAAGACUGAGCAGGCUUCAUCCAUUUAUGUUUAAAUGCUAGUUAGGACAGCUCAGACUACAGAUGAGCAGGUUUAAUCAAACUAUGCUCAAAUGUUAAAUGUGACUCUUCUUUGGACAUAAACUGGUGAAGCCUGCUCGGAUGAGAGGGUAAACAAAUAAGAGAGCAAGGGAGAUUGAACAGCUCAGACUAGGCUGUCCUAUCUAGUUUCCACUUUCAACCGUAAAAACUUCAUCAGAUCAACCUAAAGACAAGAUGGGACAGCUAAGACUAUAGUAAGGUUCAUCCAUUUAUGUUUAAAGACUAGGACAUGCCCAAAGACGAGAUAGGACAGCUCAGACCAGAGUUCUGUGAGCAAUAACUGACGGAGCCUGAUGAGAGGGGAAUCGAAUAAAAGGUGAAUCAAAAUAGAGCUAAUAACAAACAAUCCUGCUCAGGUAAGAGGGGAACUGGAAAGGGCAGCUCUCGUCCUCUCCAGACUAUAUAGGACAGCUGAGACUACAGUCUUGACCAGUCCAGUCGUGAUGGAUUCAAUGGCUUGAGACGACAAUGACCUGAAUGAUAUAUAUAUAUAUAUAUAUAUAUAUAUAUAUAUAUAUAUAUAUAUAUAUAUAUAUAUAUAUAUAUG